UGCAGGGUGGCAGCCUUUGGACCGGGUGGCAACAGUGUAGUAUACAUUUAUUUCACACUUCUCCGAUACUUCUGCCAUUUUGUUUGUGUUCGGCGUCUGGUCGAAAAAAACAAUAAAAUAGCAAAAAGGUGAAAAAAGUUAUACCUCUUAACAAAAUAACUAUGUCAGAUUAUCGCUCACAAUCUCGCGGAGGUGGACGUGGUGGUCAGGAUUAUUCGAAUGACGAUGAUCCGCCAAUGUCGCGACUGUUUAUAAUUUGCAACAAAGCACAUACCGAAGAAGAUUUUCGCGAAGCAUUCUCGCCGUACGGCGAGAUUGAAGAUAUUUGGGUGGUUAAGGAUAAGCACACACAGGAGAACAAGGGAAUUGCCUAUGUGAAGUUCUCAAAAACAUCAGAUGCCGCCAAGGCACAGGAACAGAUGAAUGGAAAAACCAUUGGAAAAACCGACAGAACUUUAAAGGUGCUGGUUGCCGCAAAUCGUAAUCAAGGUUCAAACAAAUCGGAGAAUGAGCAAGAAAAAUAUGUGAGACUGUUCAUUGUGAUUCCAAAGACGGCGAAUGAGGAUGACAUAAGGGAUGAGUUUGCACAGUGGGGCGAGGUGGAGAACGUGACCAUUGUGCGGGAGAAGAACAAUGGCAAUCCCAAGGGAUUUGGCUAUGUGCGGUUCACAAAAUUCUACUAUGCAGCUGUGGCAUUUGAGAAUUGCUCAGCCAAAUACAAGGCUGUCUUUGCCGAACCCAAGGGAUCUUCGCGCACACAGCGGGAUCAGUAUGGUCGACUCGCCGAUGACAGUCCAAUGUACAGCUCGGGACGAGGUGGCGGUGGAGGCGGCGGCGGUGGCUCUAGCUACAAUGGUGGUGGCAGUGGAGGCGGCAGUAGUAGUUUCAACAAUGAUUGGAAUACAUCAGUGAACAGCGACAUGUCUGCGUUUCUACGCAUGCAAAACGUUCCCGUGCCACAGCCCACCUGCCUGGAGGUCACAGUCAGCAAUUGUGUUAACCAGGAUCAACUCUGGCGUCUAUUCGACAUUAUUCCCGGUCUCGACUACUGUCAAAUUAUGCGUGAGCAUGGUCCGCGCACAAAUGAAGCUGUGGUUGUCUACGAUAAUCCCGAAGCUGCAAUUUAUGCCAAAGACAAGCUGCAUGGCCUAGAAUAUCCCAUGGGCGAGCGUAUAAUUGUUAAAGUGAAUGGCAUGAGCUCAGCUCGUAUGGACACUUCGUUUAUAGACAAACGCACCAAAAAGGAUGCAAUUUGCAAUGUGCCUUUGCCACCAACACAACCGCUUGCUUCUCCAGACGCCCAAGUUGCUCAAAGGCUCUUCAUUGUGCUCUCAGCAAAUCUACCACACUCAAUUCUGAAGAACAUUUUCUCCUGCUGGAAGGGACUUAUUGAUGUCUAUCUAUUGCCAAACAAAAAUUGUGGUUACGUCAAAUACUCGGAACGUGACAGUGCCCAAAAAGCCAUAGGUGUUUUAAAUGGUGCCGAAAUCUGUGGCACGAAAAUAAAGGUUAUGGAAGCUGAAGAACGUAGUGGCUCAGAUGGCGAUGAUAGUGGCAGGAAGCGAUUGAGGCGCAACUAAGUACCCACUGACAACAUUGUACUUAACAAAGAACAUAAUGUACGAGUUAGUUUACUUUCAAAAAAAACAAGAAAACAAAUAAAUCAAAUACAGAUCAAUUAAACAGUUCAACUGACCCAAAAAACAACAACAACAACCGCCCAAAACACUACGGAAUCAACCAGAACCAGAACGAGAACCACAAAAUCACACUCAAUAAGUGAUGAGAACA